CAAAAGCGCGCACGCUAGCAGCGCAUUUUAGCUAGAAAGCUCAGGGGUCCGGCUUUGAGCGCCAAGCUUCAUCUUCUUCACCGAAGAAUCCCUCCGGUUCGUACGUGUACGGUUCCUCUGCAGUUCUCCGAGGGUGAAUGGGUGAUGGAGAAAAUGCAGUAUGCUGAGGAACUUGUGAGGGAGUUUCUUGUCUUUAGAGGGUUUACAAAUACACUGCAAGCUUUUGAGGGAGAGUUAUGCACUGAUAUUGGUAAAGGUUUUCAAGUGGAUAAGAUAUUAGAUUUAAUUUUCUCAGUGUACAUUCCCAAGUUUCAGGCAGAAAAAUUAGUUUGUCUGCUGAGCUUUUUUAAGCAGUGCUUUUCUUCAUCAUCUGAGACUGUACUUAUUGCUACACUAUCAAAAUUAGAGGUGUCUAUUCUACGCUACUAUAUUGUCCAUGCCAUACAAUCAGGAAGAACAGAAAGGGUUAUAGAGUUUUUUGGAAUGAAUGGCAAUGACCUGCUGCAAAGAGGACAGGACUGGACUCCAUGGUUUGCUGUUCCAUAUCUAAAGAACCCAAGCUUGGAUCCCCAGUUUCGGAUUUAUUUCUCAAGGGAGUGGUUGGAAGCUUUGCGCCUCUCAGUCAGGAAUUUCUUAAGUGAAAUAUUUAAUGGUACUCGCAUCCCUGCUCUGCUGAAGAUUUGUUCUGAAAAGAAUACAGUGAACCGUCUCAAAAAAGACAUCAAGCAACUUAAUCUUAAGUUGUCUCAACUUCAGGCAUUAUUGGAGGAAAAAGAGGCUCAGCUAUUCCAGUCAAGGAGUUAUGCUCCAUCUACAAUAGAAGAAAGCAUGGGUGGAACGAACAGCUCAACAUAUUCAGUACCUGGGACUCUUCUUAGUGGCUUGCAUCAGGGAAGUAUUCUUCCCUCUAGAUUUCCUCAUGAAACUUGUGCUGCUACAAAUCAACAUCUGGGUGAAAGAGAGUUGGCUCAGGAAUUGGAUGACACAGGGGUGGCCAAGAUUUUAUCAGAGAUGAGUCCAUCCAACUCUGAUCGUGGUUCAAGUUCAUUAGUGCAUCUUCAUCUUGGAGAUGCUGGAGCAAGUAAUAUGCUUGAGAUGUCCCAAGAUGACUUUUGUACUGAAAAUGGCAGAGAAAUGGAAGGAGAAGAGGAAUUCCCAGAAGUUAAAGUGGAUUUCCAGGAAACAUUCUUGGGCCACACGAGUCCAAUCAGCCGUUGCCGUUUUUCUGUAUCUGGAGACAAUAUUGCCAGCGCUUCAGUGGAUGGCACAGUCAGGAUUUGGACAUAUGAUUCUUCAACCCCAACAUCUAGAAACGCAACCAUCUAUUGUGGGGCCGAGAUCAUGUCUCUUGAAUGGGAGUGUAAAUCUGAUCGUUUGCUUCUUAUAGGCACUGCUGAUGGAGGCAUUAAAGCUUGGAAUGUUGAUGCAAAGAGAGUUGUUUGUGAUCUUAACACUACUGAAGCAUUUCCAAGUGUGUUGGAUCUGAAAUGUAGCCCUGUGGAGCCAAUAUUUGUUUCUGCAGCAGCAUCCAGAGGGCAAGGGCGAAAUUAUUUUGAUAAAUUUGGUUUCGCUUCUUUGACUGUUUGGAACAUGAAGACUUGGAAGGCCGUGACAGUUCUUCCUCUUGGUGAAGAUCCACCAGCAAUUACUUCUCUAUGCUUUAACCACAAUGGGAAAAUUUUAGCUGCUGCUGCCACUGAUGGAAUGAUUCACAUGUUUGAUAUGUCUGCUGGACUACAAAUUACUGGUUGGCCUGCUCAUGACUCUGCUAUAAGCUCUCUACUUUUUGGUCCUGAUGAAACAAGCAUUUAUAGUUUGGGGUCUGAUGGAAAGAUAUUGGAAUGGAGCUUGCACAACCAAGGUCAAAUUCUUUGGUCAAGAAAUUGUAGCAGGUUCUGCAACAUUGAGAGCUCAAGACACUAUAGGCAUGAAAUGUCAUUAGAUGCUAAUGGGAGGAGAUUAUUGGUAACAUCUGGUUCAGUAAGAGCACCCAUAUAUCAGGUUCGAGGUCAUACUAGUGGGUGGAGAACAUUGCCUCAUACUGCAGCUAUAACAACUGUAGACUGGCACCCGACAUUGCCCAUCCUUGUGACUGGUUCAGCUGAUCACUCUGUUCGUGUCACAUCUAUAUUAUAAAGUUUGCUUGUUCUCUCUCUCUGGCUCAUAUUUUUUCAUUUUUUGUUAGUUGGAGGUCAUGGAGUGAAGCUUGCUCCAUUUCCAGUGUGAUGGUUUGACAAAAAAUUUCAUAUCAGUAUCCUCCCUAGUAGGUUGUGUCUAAAGGGAGCUUCUUAUGAUGUUGUAAUUUAUUCAAAUGAUCUGUAACAUGACUUCCCAAUUCUUUGAUAUGAUAGUCCCUCUCUAAAUAUAGUUUCUCACAUUUGCUUUCGGAUUCA